UCCAUCUCCAAGGAUAAGUGACUUGAUUGGAGGUUACUUACUGUGUGACACUUGGGAAAGAUCAAAUUAACUUCUACUUGUUCAACUUGACACUACUCACUUCUCUAGAAGAAUACAUAUUACCUCCGAAGUAGGUACAUCAACUUCAUAGUCACGAUGCAGCCUACAGGAGUUCUCAUGGUUGGCAGCGUGCCUGGAGCCUCGCCACAAGACGUAUUCACCCGCCUAGCUACCGCGCUUUCUAGCCGUUUGCCAGCUAUACCAGACGGCGAGACUGGUGAACGAUGGAACUACAUCGGAUGGCAGCUAGGAUGCUUUCCUCCAGUCUCUCGGCGAGUGGAACUAGGAGGGAGCCACUUGCCUGAGCCCGUAUCUCCAAAGCCAACCUUUACGCUUGACGACAUCAAACCAACAGCUUACGAUGAGGCGGCUCUUUCGUCCUAUGCCGAGUUCAAACGAUUACGUGAACAGAACAUCAUUCCGCCCAAUGUUCGGUUUCAAAUCGCCCUGCCUUCACCGUAUAGUGUCAUGGCUGGCCAUCUGAAACCUGAAGUAGUCAAUGAGAUCGAGCCCUUAUAUGAGAAACGGUUUGCGGACUCGCUAGAGCGCAUCGCUGCCGAAAUCCCCCACGACGAAAUGGUGAUUCAAUGGGACCUUUGCUUUGAGAUGACGGCAAUGGAGUACGAGAUCGGCCGAAUCGACCAAGUACGCCACUCGGCCUAUUUCUCAGAUCCUAAAGGUCUCGUACAUGGUCUCGUAGACCGCGUCGUUCGACUUUCUGAGCAUAUCCCUCAAGAUGUUAAACUUGCGUUCCAUCUCUGCUACGGCGAUCUUAAUCACAAGCAUUUUGUUGAACCACAUGAUUCAACCCUGCUGGUAAAGCUUGCCAACGCCAUACUCGCUGAGAAAACUCUCGGCCCAAGAACGGAAUGGAUUCACCUACCAGUUCCAAAAAACCGAACAGAUCCUGAGUACUUCUUGCCCCUGAAAGAUCUCAAGCUUAAUGAGACCGGUGCAAAGCCGCCUCAUUUAUAUCUUGGCGUAGUACAUGCCAAAGACGAAUCCGGGACAAGGAAGCGCAUCGAGACCGCGCAGGCUACAAUCCCAUUCUCGUUUGGCGUGUCUACAGAGUGUGGUUUAGGUCGGACUCCGCCUGAUGAGAUUGAAAGUAUUCUAAGCAUCUGUAAAAAUGUCACUGCAGAGCAUACGUAGGGCACCUGCGUGAGCUUGGUGUAGGGUUACAGUCUAGGACCACUUCAGGGCAGUCGGGUACAGGAGCUCUCCUGCUGUAGCAUGUUGACUUUAGGUUAGAUAAGCUGGUGGCACAAAUCGUGUACCUAGUUCAAUUUCAUACAAUAUUUCAGCCA